AGUUGUGUCCGUAAACACUGCAAACUUUGAUAGUAGACGAUAUCUAGGACAGAGAACACUACAAUAAAUUGUUCAGUUUAAUUCUCAUUACUGAUAUACACUGCAGUAUUAAUCACAUUGACCACUUGGUUUGAGUUACUGUUAGUUUUCACCAUCUGGAGGUUAUUAUUGGAUUUUAGAAGUAAAGGGUUUGACUGGGAAGAUAGUAAUACCAUAAUAACAAUCAAAGGUACUGCCUGUGGAUUAUAUAGCAAAGCAGGGGAUAUAUCAUUACUUAGAAGAUAAAAGAAAACCAACAGAAAGACUUGUUUGUAUAUUGGAUUAUCCUGUUGAGUGAAGAAAAGAUUUGGACAUUUGAUCUGGAGUAAAAACAGAAAACUUUACAUUGCAUGAAACUUGAAUGUCAGUUGGUAAGAAAUAAAUGUGAAAUAUCUACACCUGGAUAGGAAAACAGGGAUUAAAAUAGUUCAGUGAUAUUACUUGUGUCACUUCUUGAAAGGGCCAGGAUGAGGGUCCCAGGGCAGACUGUCCGGGUGACACUGAAUUGGCUCCUACUGUGUGGGCUCCUACAUGCCAUCCAUGCCAUCUCUCACACAUGGACACCCAAUGAUGUCAUUACCAGAGAAGAGAUGAGCAGCAAACUACUAGCAUUCCCAAAGGAGGGUGACCACACCAACUUCUUCAAGGUUCUUCUACAGGAGAAUGACCGGCUCAUUGUUGGCGCAAGGAACAAAAUGUACAACAUCAGCAUGCAGACUUUGCAACAUGAUGCAGAGAGGGUACUGGAGUGGCGGCCCAACAGUAAAGACAACACUUCCUGUUCUUACAUGAUCAAGGACCACUCAAAGUGCCAGAACUUCAUCCAGGUUCUCGGGAAGAUGAAGGGAGACAAAUACUAUGUGUGCGGGACGAACGCCUUCAACCCCAAAUGUCGGGAAUAUGUGUACAAGGAGGCAAACUACCCGUUAAACCUGCAAGAUCUGAAUACCACAGACUCAAAUUCCACCGAUGUUAUUGAGGCGCAGGUACCUGGGUUUGUGUCGGACAAGGAGAAUGAGGGCAUUGGAGCUUCCCCUUAUGACCCAGAACAUAACAGCACCUCCAUAUUUGUCGAUGGAAAACUCUACUCUGGAACAGUUGCAGACAGACUGGCUCGAGACCCUCUGAUCAUCGAGAGCAUGACUAGAAUUCGCACAGAGCAGCAUGACUCCAACAUGUUGAAAGAUCCCCACUUUGUGAGCUCUUAUGACAUUAAUGACAAGGUGUACUUCUUCCUGCGUGAGGAUGCCGUGGAGAACAUCAACUGUGGCAAGGCAACAUUUUCUCGUGUAGCACGAAUCUGUAAGAAGGACAAGGGGGGAAUCUUCGACUAUGAGCAGGGCAUUUGGACCUCAUUCUUCAAGGCCAGACUUAGGUGUUCUGUACCUGGAGACAUACCCUUCCAUUUUGAUGAGCUCCAGUCAACUUCAGGUCUUUCUCUUGGAAGUCACAUACCAACAAAGAGUUCCGCAGAUCGGCAGAAGAUGUUUUAUGGAGUGUUCAACACCCCAGACAACAGCAUCCAGGGUUUUGCAGUGUGUGCGUUCAAACUCGCUGACAUUGACAAUGCAUUUGUGGGUCAGUUCAAAGCCCAGCAGACCACAGCCCAUGCAUGGACGGCUAUUCCCCAGGAUAAGACUCCAGACCCGCAUCCGGCCAAAGCAUGCGUCAACGACAGCCAAUCACUGCCAGAUGAGACCCUGACCUUUAUCCGCGACCACCCUCUUAUGGACCGUGACAUCAACCCUGCAGGCGGGGCGCCAGUACUCAUUCAGACACAAGAAACGAGUGGGAGGUUCACGGCUAUAGCGGUAGAUGUUCUAGUCCUGGCUGCAGAUGACUUCUACUACGAUGUCAUGUUUGUGGGCACAAGUGAUGGGCGUGUGUUGAAGGCUGUAAAUACAGGGCAAGAGGGCAGCAGUGGCACUGUCAUCGAGGAUAUACAGGUCCUCAGCCCGCAGGAAGCCAUCAGAGAGUUGAGGAUCUACCGAGGAACAGGACACGAGAAACUCAUCGUUAUCUCCCGAGACAACAUCGUCUCCAUCCCUCUCCACCGCUGUCACAGGCAUAAAACUUGCGGGGACUGUGUGGCUCUUCAGGACCCAUACUGUGGCUGGUUUGAAGGGGCAUGCACCACACACACAUCACGCGGUUACCAGGAUAUUCAGUCAGGUGACACCAAAAAGUGCCCAGACGGCGGGAAACAGUCGGACAAAGAUGGCCUAGUUGUGGAAGAUGAGGUGAACACAGAGGUCACCGAGAAACCAGUCGAGGUUUCCACCUGCAAACCUUGCCAAUGUAACUGCAACCAGUCUGAUAGUGAUACAGCAGUUUACAUGGAAACUUCUCAAAAUGAUAACAUUGGUAAUGGCCAAGACCCUUCUAAAGCCGAAAUCGACAUGAGCCAAAAUUCUGCAAUACCUCAACCGUGUGAGACAAAGUACAUCCGGACAGAUGACCAGAUCUACACUGCCUCAACCCUGGCCAUAGCAUGUGUGGUUGCCAUUGUGGUGGCUGCUCUCAUCGGCUUUGUGAUUGGCUACCGAGUGAGCAUGUGUCGAGUCAAUACGCGCAACACUGAACAGAUGAUCAACAUAGAGCAAAACUUUGGCUCCCUCCGCAAAAACGGGAACCGGCAUUCCAUUGAGGCUUCACACAACAUAUACAAUGAGCCUCAAAAAAUGCAACAAAAAAUACAAAACAAUCUUGUUACAAAUUACAUACCAGAAAAGAAUCCCAAUUUACCAAAUGGUUCAGUUGAUUCACGGACGGUAACUCCGAAGCAAGCAUCAAAGACUUACUUAUAGCUAGAAGGACCUGAGAAUGUAGAUAGGAAGCUGAUAGCCGUGUAAGAUAUGUUUGUAAAUAAUUUACAACACCAGUGCUUGCUAUGUGUCUAAAAUGAACAAGUAUUGAAUCUUUGUUACGGACCAAUCAACUGGCAUCAAAUAUUGGCAGCAUUUUGUGCUAUGUUAACAUUCCACAUGAACUGUUUGUGUGGUGUUGUAGAGGUGUGGUAAGGGUUCUUCAAGGAAGGCUUGGACCAAGAGGGCCAAAGUAGCCUUGAAUGGAUGGGAGAGAUCUGGCCUAUGGUCAGGUUAAAGUGAAUGUCAUCAUGAGGGAGGUAUACGUGCACUGCUGUAAUGCAUUGACUUGUUUGCUGUGCUGGCGAAGAUGUUAAAAGCCCAGCUUGUCGGAGCUUGUCAGAUCUUGACAAGCGAACAUGUUGUUCAAAUUUAUCAGUGAAUAAUGAAAAGAGGUGUCUAUUGCAUCAGGCUAUGUUAUAAAAGGCUGAUAUCGCUUCAGUGUUCAUGACAUGUUCUAGGGCAAAAUGGACUUGACUGUUAUUGAAUUGUUGACUGUGAUCUUCAUAUAAAUGUAAUUGUUCCAUGUAUGUUCACACACUGGUUAUUUAUUGUAGUAUACACUGCAUUAUAAUGGUAUAUGUGUACAGAACAAACUGUAAUUAAGAUGCUUGUAUAACUUUGUACACAGUUUAUCUGUUUGUUUCAGUUCUGAAUUGUUACGUAACCUAUACAAAGUUUGCAAAAGUAUUAAUUAUAAUAUUCACUGAAGAUGUAGAAUUCGGGCAUUCCAUGAUCAUAAUUUUGUAGCUUUAUGAUGACAGCUAUUUGGAAUGCAUUUCCAGUUGUUAAAUUUUGUGCCAAAAUCUUAAUUCAUGUUGUAAAUCUGUGCAUGUCAGUGAUGAAAAAGGGAAAGAAAAAAUAUACUGAAUGUAAAGCUGAUCAUUAAUUCAGUUCAUUUUCGAGAAGGUAGCAGUUUUAAAGAAAUUCAGAACAAAUCAACAAUACAUCAUGUGAUAUGAUGUAGAUUCUCUGAAGAAACUGUUUUUGAGAUGUCAGCAUAAAAUAUUUAAUCAACAUCUGUAGAUAGCCAUAUUCAUGAUGAAAGAACAUCAUACAGUACAAAGAGAUUUAGUUGUUCUGCAUUUUGAGCCUGGGAGUCAGGAAUACCUUUAAUGGGAAGGGGUGGGCAGUGCUGACUUGACACUUGGGAGUUGAGGGGAGGGGGUCUCGCUACAUGAGAUGGACACUACCUGUUGGGAGUUUUUUUUUAACUUAUUCAACAAAAUUACAAGUUAUAGCUGACGUUUUCCCACUGGGCUUCCUGGCUCCUACCAGACACUGUGCUACUAUACCCUUGAUCUCACACCACUGUGCUCUAGCUUCUAGUGUAGGUUGUUGCCGUGGCAAUAUGUUACCAUAGUAACAUUUAGUGUGUGUUGAUAUGAAAAAGAAAUUAGAUUGAAAUAAAUACUACACUAGGUGAUUAUGACCAUCAGCAUUUGUGUAGCGUUUGUAGCACUCAGAAUUAAGGAGACAUGUUAAUCGUGUUUUAACACUUUGAUGUAUUUGUUAUUGUAUUAAUAUCACUAUUCCUGAUGAAUUCAUUAAUGUACAUUAAUUAUCAAUAUACAUAUAUCCUCGCUUUUGAAUGUUACACAUCUGUAAAAAUGCCAUAAUCGUAUUUGUUACUCUGAGACACUAAUUUUUAAGAACUUAAAUUUUAGAAAAGGCCAGUAGAAAUCAAAUCUUUUUUUUUUUUAUAGAAAUGGCAUCAGCUUUACUGCCAGACUAGAUGUCAUCAAUUGGAUUGUAGAAUUAAGUUUUAAAAACAGCAAGAUUAAAUUAAGUUUCAAGAAUAUUCCAAAGAAUAGAAACAUUAUGGAAAAUGUUUUGUUUUCGUACUCGACCUCAUUUAAGGAUCUCAUGUCGUUGAACUCUUCUAACUUGAUGUAUGUAGAAUUAAGUGGUAAAGAUAUGUUGAAAAAAAACUCAUUGGAGUAUCUUAUCUGUUACAGUAAUUUAAUUGUAAACAGAUAUAUAUAUAUAUAUAUAUAUAUGUAUUUAUAUAUAUAGGUAAUGAUUGUAGGUAUACAUUGGAAAUCAAGUUUUUUAAAAAUGUGUUAUCUUUUAUUGUUUUAUAAAAUGCUUAUUUUAAUGUUGAUUUUUAGCAUUUUAUCUUUUACAAGUUACUGUUGAUUUUAAAACAAUGAAUUGUAUAAACAGGAAAAUGUUUUUGUACAUAAUUAUAUGAUUUUAAAUGUAUGAUAGACUGUUUUUAAACUGUCACUAGUGCUACCCAUGGCCUAUGUCUGUACAUUCAGGAUUACUUAACUUCUCCAUUUUGAAAUUCUAGACAAAUAUUUGUUCAAAUAUGUUUUACAGAUUACACUCUUACCAAAGACAAUGAUCAGGAAAUAAUUUUCUAACAUUAUGAUUGGACAGAAUCAGGUUGGACUUGAUUCUGUUUAUGGUGUUUAUGUAGUUUUAUGAAACAUGAGGCGGACUGGCUGGCUAACUGCAGGUUAGCGAGAGAGCUCACUACCCUGGCCUUCCAUCCCCUCUCCUGAAACCAUUGUAAAGGUUGAUACACCUUGAAAUUUGAAAGGCAUUUUAUACCUAGUGAACAAAGACACAGUGCUGAACACUUUUGGUUUAUCCCAAAGUAAUUAUGAAGUGUGGAUUUCGCAUAUCAAUAUAUAUAGAAAACAUUCAGUUAGACCAUUAAAAAUAUGAGAUUUAGCUUCAUAGUAGUUGAUUAUUUUCAGAGUAAAGAAAAUCAAUUCUUCAUUUUUGUAGGUUUAAAUUAAUUUCCAAAAACAUAGACAUACAGCAAUAACUUAUUUGAAUUGGUGCAUGUACAAUUUUUGUCCCAGGCUUAUGUUUGUUUUACUGAAUGUUUUACUUAAACAGCCUUAGAACUUAGAGCCAGAGUUCAUCUUUGAGUUCAUCUUUAUGUUGAAAAGUUCAUUUAGGAUUCAAAUAAUUAUGUAUUAUCACAUUCUUUGUUUUAUUGCCUCAUUAUGCCAAAUAUGAAUACAAUUGUACAAAAAAAAUAAAAUAUAAAUAAAAGUU